CAGGUGGCAGUGGAUGGCGCGCCCCAUUUCUAAUUGAUGACGCGGUAGCAGCAUGCACACCCUCAUCGACGCCCGUCGGCUCGACGAGCCGUCCCCUGCGCCGUCGCAUGCGAGCGAAAGCGGCUUCUCCUUUUGUGCAGUCGGCCAGCGACGCGCUGCCGUCGCCGUCGCCGUGGUGGUGCUGCCGCAGCGUCUCGCUCAGCGAGCUGCUCGCGAUCGCGUUCAUCGUAAUACUCUGCCUCGUCGUCGCUAUCCUCGCGGCCAUCGGCAUGUACGUCGGCACGGCCAACGAGUCGCACACGACCGUCCAGCACGACCACAUCAUGGCGCCGUUCAGCAUCCCGACGGCUUGCCGCGCGCUCUCGCUCAUCUCGCUCGCCAUCAUCGUCGUCGCCUACAUGCUCAAGCCGUCCGUGCGGUCGACGUCCAUACCCCUCGUGCUGCCGCUCAUGCUCUCGCAAGGCGGGUACCUCGUCUCGCGGCUCUACAUUGCCGUGAGCAAAACGUUCUCGGGCCAAUCGAUCUUCAAACUGGGCACGCCGUUGAUCUGGUACUGCGGCGAGGUCUCGAGCACGCUGACGACCACCAUGAAUCUCAUGCAAAUCUUCUUCACCGUCGCGAUCACGUACCGCCUGUACCGGUCCGUCGCCGCGCCGCCCGAGCUGCUCGUCGAUACCAAGGUCCAUGCCCGGUCGACGUGUCGGCUCAUUCUAUGCGCGUUUUUGCUGUCGCUGACCCUUGCGCUCACCGUGACCUUCUCGACGAUACCGAGCAUGGACCCAGACUUUGAAGCGUGGGCCAAGCUCGUCGAAGGCAACUCGAUGACGACACCGCCGCGCUACAGCCCGUGGACGUGCAUGAGCACCGAGACGCAGACGCUCAACAACCUGUACGCGCCGUUCAUCGGUUUGGGGCUCGUGACCUUCUUGGCCUUUCGCAUCAAGGCCAAAGUCCAGGGACUGUACCCGACGCACGCGCGGCGGAGCAUCAAGUCGGUCGCCAACUACUACAUUGGCGUGUACGUGCUCACGUGGGGCGGUUCCCUCUUUGUGUAUGCGGUUCUGAUCGUGUCGCACCAAACCCCCGGGUGGUCCCCGCCCAACGGCGUGCCGACCAACGACGAGAACGACCGCCUCGCCCGCGUCAUGCGUGUCUCGCUGGCGUUCAUUCCGUACGACCUCCAAGGCUUCCUCACGUGCGUCGUGACGAUCUGGAGCUUCUUCCGCAUCCGGUGGCGCUUCGAUCUGGGCCUUUCCCUCAAAGCGAUCCGACCCACUUCGAUCGAGUUUGACGAACCGCUCGAGGUCCUCGGCCAAGGCGCCUUCGCCAUCGUCGUCAAGGCGAUGUGGUACCCGUCCCGGACGGCCGAGCACUGGUACUGCUGUCACUGUCGCAAGAGCAGCACGUCAUCGUCGUCGCUGCUACCGACGACGGCCGCCGACGGGAUUCCUGUCGCCGUCAAGACGUUUCGAUUUGAGCGCGACUCGACACACGUGACGCUUAACGGCGUCCAAGAAGAAGCGUACCUCGCGUCGCAGCUCGUGCACCCGAAUGUGAUGGCCACGUACGGCUGCUACACGUCGGGCAGUCACCUCUACUUGGUCUGCGAAUACCUUGGCGGCGGCACGCUUCAAGACGUCUUGGCACCCGACCUCCCGUAUGUGCAAGUGCUGCAGUACGCGCUCAUGAUUGCAUCGGGCAUGGCCUUUCUGCACACGCUCGACGUUCCCGUCAUCCACCGGGAUCUCAAGCCGCUCAACUGCGUGUUUGACCAGACCCGCAGCGUGCUCAAGCUCGUGGACUUUGGCUUGUCGCGGCUCUUUCAUGAAGACGAAGUCGAGCGCAAGCUCGAGUCGAUCACGCAGCUCUCGCCGCACUCGCAGCGCGCGACGUUCUCGGCCAGCCGCAGCAACCUCGUGUCGCUCCUCGGCCACCACUCGGAGGAGGUCGUGAGCCUCACGAUGACGUCCCGCGUCGGCACCGUGUGCUGGGCCGCGCCCGAGCUGCUCGUCGACCAAGAGCUCUCGACCUACUCGCUCAAAGUGGACGUCUACAGCUUUGGUAUCAUUUGCUGGCAGCUCAUGACGGGUCGCCAGCCGUACGACGACAUUCCGGGCAGCGCGCUCGCGUCGUGCCCGCCGCACUUUGCGAAGCUCAUGCGCUUCGCAUGGCACAGCAACCCGCAUCGCCGGCCGUCGUUUCCGUACAUUGUCAAGCUCCUCAACGCCGAACUCGACAUGGUCACAAGCGGCAGCUGGUCCUCGGCGUCGUAG